UCACAUUUCAGAUAGCAUUUUGUUAUUAUUUCCAAGGGAAGUUAAAAACAAAUAACCACAGUAAACAACAUAUCUGUUUCCAUAAGAUGCUUCCUUUGUUGUAUUUUUACUUUCGCUAUCGACAAUUUUUGUGUUAUUGUGUCGGUUUCUAUAAAACUUGACUUUUUCUAAGAUUUUGAGAGAAAUUUUUGUGAUUAAAGAAAAGUUCUUGUUUUCGGCUGCGUAAGUUGCUCAAUUCUUAUUGACCAAAAAAAAAACAAUCAAGUAAAGUUUUGAUUGCGUUAUAUUUAUAAAUUUUUCUUUUAUUCUUGAGCCAUGGCCCCUUCGGGCGGCGUUGGGGGAGAUACCGAUGCUCAGCAGAAGGGCGUGGGGUUGGCCACGGGAAGUGUAGUAAACAAUAACAUCAUCAACAACAACAACAGCAACAAAAACAACAGCAGCAAUAAUCAUAAUGCAAACAACAGGCAUUCUCCCGACUCGGGAGUUGAGACGAAUACAAAUGAAGGAUGCAUGCGUCUUCUGUCUCUGAUGCAGCGUGGAGACUGGGCCAUAGUAGAGCAUACAUUGAGAGAAAUGGACAAAUUCAGACCAGCCGACAUUGCUGAGGUGAACAGUGUGAGUGAGGAGAAGGGGUGGACUCCUCUGUACCAUGCGAUAGCCGCCAACAAAAUAGUGGUCGCUGAGAGACUGUUCGACCUAGGAGCAUCACUCACUGUCAAAGCCAAGGAUGGGAAACAGGCAAUUCACCUGGCUGGUGCAUUUGCCAAUGUGGACUUGAUGAAGUUCGUGCUGAACAAGACAGUGGCCAGAGGGGGAGACAUUCUCACUCCGGGAGGGGACAUGGGCAGAUGUGUGUUGCACUUUGCAUGCACGAGGAACACAGGAGGACUGGAGGUGGUGAGACUGAUUCUCAGGUGGAUUUCCAAUCAGACGAACAGCAGCAGCAAUACUCACACCCACUCAAAAGACAAGGACAAGGACAAGGACAAGGACAAAGAGAGGGACAAAGACAAAGACAAGGAUACUAAAGACGGGAGACUGUUUCAAGAUAAGAAUGGGUUGAUUCCGAUCAUGCAGGCGGCGGAGGUGGGCAACGCGGCUGUAUGUAGGGAACUCCUCGCCUACCACGGGGACGAACAGGUCAAGACUCAGAGGAAGGACACUGGGGAUACUGUGCUGCACUUGGCGUGUAGAAAGAAGGACAUUGAGCUGAUCAGACUGUUCUGCGAGUACACAAAGAGUGUCGACAUACAGAAUUUUGAAGGUCACGUGCCCUUACACAUCUCAGCGUGGGAGGGAGACGAAGUGGCUGUGAAAUACUUCUACAUCAUGAAGGCCAAUCCAAACCUAUCAGACAUGCUGGACAGGUCCCCACUGCACAUAGCGGCCGAGAGAGGUCACACUUCAAUUGUGGAACUGCUGGUGGACAAGUUCAAAGCCUCAGUUGCCGCCAGGACUAAGGACGGUAGUACCCUGAUGCACAUUGCGUCCCAGUGUGGCCACCCGGACACCGCCCUCAUGUUCCUCAAGAAGGGAGUCCCACUACACAUGCCAAAUAAGGCGGGUGCUCUUUGUUUUCACGCGGCAGCCAUGCAGGGUCACGUGCAAGUGAUCCGGGCUCUGGCUCAGAAGGGGGCAGUGAUAGAUGCCAGAGACAAGGACAACUACACCUCACUCCAUCUCGCAGUCAGGUACUGCAGACCAGGAGUUGUACAGGCGCUGCUGGGUUAUGGGGCAGAUACUAAACUGAAGGGGGGCAAGGCAGGGGAGACUCCUCUUCACAUUGCGGCCAGGAUCAAAAAUGGAGACUCAGUGGCUGAAAUGCUUCUCAAGUCAGGUGCGAAUGUGAAUGCAGUUCAGGAGAACGGGGAGACAGCUCUGCACAUUGCAGCCAGACACGGACGCUUCAAAAUAGUCUCCUUCCUCCUACAAGAUGGGGCAGAUCCCACUUAUCUUUCAAAGAAUGGGGAGAAUGCACUGCACAUUGCUGUGAGGUACUGCAGACUUGAGAUAGUGGAUGAGUUGCUCAGUUUCCUCGUGAAGGACAGAACCAGAAACGAAGCGGUUCAGAUGGUCAACACACAGAACCUGGAAGGAGAGUCGUGUUUGCAUUAUGCAUGUGACUUGACCUCUGACCUCUCCCACUCGACUGCCGAAGAAGUAGAAAUUAUGAAAAGACUUCUCAAAUUCGAUCCAGAAUUCUCACUUACCACCAAAUUCACAAAUGAGACAGCUCUACACUAUGUGUGUCGUGGGGGUAAUGGGAAGCUACUCCAACUGGUGGUGGAGUUCCUGGGCCCUGCAAAUGUACAGCUCCUACUCAACAAACAGAGUCUGGAUGGCCGAUCUCCUCUGUUGGUCGCGUGUGAAGAGGGUCACUACUCUCUGGUGAAGAUACUUCUUAAAAACAACUCACGAGUCGAUGUAUUCGAUGAGCAUGGCAACGCAUCCUUGCACUGGGCAGCAGCCAAUGGUCACGUGGAGACAUGUGACUUGCUGCUGAAGAUGCAGGCAUUUGUGAAUGCGAGGACCAAACAAGGGGUGACCCCUCUGCAUCUGGCUGCCAUGAAUGGACACUUUAGACUGGUGAAUCUGCUGGUGGUCAAGCACCACGCAACUGUAGAUGUUGUCAGCUUGGCCAAGAAAACGCCCCUGCACAUGGCAGCUCAGAACGGACAGUUGGAUGUUUGCAAUGCUUUAAUCAGCCUCGCAGCCGACGCCAAAGCCAUCGACGGGGAAGGUCAAACUCCACUCCACCUGGCAGCAGAGAGCAACCACUCGAAUGUAGUCAAGUUAUUCCUCAACAACAGACCAGAGCUAGUGUCCAUAGCUAACAAAGAUGGCAACACUUGUGCACAUAUUGCCGCUUCUAAGGGGUCCACUAAUGUCAUCAAGGGACUCCUCAGAUUCAACAAGGAGGGAGUGGUCAACCAUAAAAACAGGACGACUGACUCUACUGCACUUCACUUGGCGGCUGCAGGGGGUUACACUGAAGUGGUCAGAGUACUCAUCGAGAGUGGAGCCAUGGCUCUAGAAGAGAACUCCGAAGGCAAUACGGCCAUCCACCUGGCAGCCAAAUUUGGCCACAUCGGGGAACUGGAAGUGUUCCGGGACUUCCAGUUGAAUCUGGCUCACACGAGUGUGAAGAGUGGACUGAAUGCACUGCACGUGGCAUCCUCGUACGGACAGACUCUAUUCGCACAGGAGCUACUGCACGACGUGCUUGGAAACCUAGCCAGCAGUGCCCCCCAAGGAGCGGAUGUGGACAAUGAGAGUGGGCCAGAGUAUGGACUCACCCCUCUCCAUCUGGCAUCCCAGUCUGGCCAUGAAUCUCUUGUUAGACUGCUGCUAAACAGUCAAAACGUGCAGGCGGACGCACAAACUAUGGUCAAUGGCAGCACUCCAUUGCACCUGGCAGCCCAGACUGGCAAUGUGGCAGUGGCUGGACUCCUCUUGAGUAAGAGUACCCAGCAGCUGAAGAUCAGAGACAAGAAGGGGAGAACUCCUCUGUUGCUUGCAUCUGCCAAUGGACACAAAGACAUGGCCCAACUGUUGAUUGGUCAGGGAGCUGAUCCAAAUGCACCCGAUAAGAAUGACUGGCGUCCCCUCCACUAUGCGGCUAAGAAUGGACACAGUGGAGUGGUGGAGCUGCUAGUCUCAUCAGGAGCACACACUACGAAUGAGACGAAGGAAGACAAGGUGGCAGUUUGUUAUGCGGCCGCCAACUCACACCACGUGGUACUCUACUUCCUCAUGAAACAGCCACAUAACACACACCAACUCAUAUCAGACAAGAAGGAGAGUGUUCGUAAGAAAGACAGGGCGAAGGAGUUGACAGAAGUGGCCCUCUUCUGCGAGGAGGUCGCAGUGGACUUGACCACCAUCGCCACUGGAGUAGUGUCCACCGGAUCCAUUCUCAAGGCCGUGGACCAUAGAAACAUGCAGAUACUUGACGUCUUGAUGGAGUGUGAACAAAAAGAAGUUGUGGCACAUUCUGCAGUCCAGAAAUACCUCUCAGAUAUCUGGAUGGGGGGACUACAUCUCCCCACGUCCAAAAUCCUCCUCCUUUUUGGCACCAUUUUAUUUCCCCCUUGCUUUGCAUUUUUCUGCUUCCCUGUUAAAUUCAUGCGUAUGAACAAAGUCCCAAUAGUCAAAAUGAUGUUAUACCUGACAUCGCAUAUUUACUUAAUUUUAUUACUCACUCUAACUGUCGCGUUUCGACUUUACGAAGUGGAAGAAGAUUACCUAAUAGUUCCACCGUGGUAUGAGUUCGGGUUAUUAAUCAUGAUGAGCGGUUUAUUACUUUCAGAACUAACCAGUCCGUCUGACAAAUCAGGUCUUGGUUGGAUCAAGAUCAUUGUUAUAGUCAUGGCAGCCAUAUCGAUGGCCAUCCACAUGUUUAAUGCGGUUUCUAGCGGGGGUUUGGAAUAUCAAUAUAAUACAAUAUACGUCAGAAAUCAGCUCUUAGGAGCUUCGAUACCUCUGACAUUUGUGCAGUUCCUGGACUUCUUGACAUUUCAUCACCUUUUCGGACCCUGGGCGAUUAUUAUUUUUGACUUAAUGAAGGAUCUGUUUCGAUUUAUGAUUCUGCUAAGUUUGUUUCUGCUUGGGUUCACUCUGGAGAUGACUGCUCUUAACCAGCCAGCUUAUCCGAAGAAAUUUUGCGAGGAGAUUGGUCUCUACCCGGUAGAGUACCCAACGGGUAAGGAGAUCCCCUAUAAGGAGGGUAUGUCUGUUCUUGGGAAGCAGUUUGAGAAGCUGGCCUUCGCCUUGUUUGGUCUGACAGAUGACGACGACAUGAUCAAGGACUCCGUGUGUAUUCCCUCCUGGGGGAGGAGUCUCAUCGUGUUCACUUAUGGAGUGUACCUCGUCAUUUCCAUCAUCGUGCUCGUGAAUCUGUUGAUUGCGAUGAUGAGUGACACGUACCAGAGGAUCCAGCGCCAGUCGGACACGGAGUGGAAGUUCGGCAGGGCCAAGUUGAUCCGCAGCAUGAACCAGAGGAGUCCCACCGCACCCCCUCUCAAUCUGGUGCUGGAGAUCCUCAUCUGGAUCAAGAAGUUAUGCGUCAACAGAGAGAACAUCUUCGGUAUCCAGCGAGUGCAGGAGGAAGAGGAGUCUGAAUCGGAGCAAGUGGCUAGAGCAGAGUCCAGAUCUUCAGUUGGGGCCGGCAGGGCUAAAAUGAAAGGGGACAAGAGAGAAGAGGAGGGAGCCGGGGGGACGGGAGGGGGACCUGUCAAGAUUGAACACGUGUGUGAUUGGAAGAAUGUGAGCAGACGUUACAAGGACAUGCACCAGAUUGACCUUGAGGAGUUAGAGAAGACCAGAAACAAGUCGGCCGAGGAACCCGGGAAAAUGAACAUUAUGUCUCCGAUGUCGGGCAAAACAGCGGACGAGCAGUAAUCAACUUACUUCAACAGAUUUGAGAAGCGAAGCGCAUUUUUCGAUGAAUUGUCGAGUACGAAUCCGGCGAAUUGAGCAACUGAAGAUAAAGAAAAUUGUACUUUUGGCGCCCGAGUUUGAAGAAACUGGUCACUGUCUCCAAUUAUACCUUGUUGAAUAAAUAGUGUCAAUAGGAAUCAAUAAGUGAACUGUCCAUCUCCCCUAUUAUUUUUAACUUACUACCGAUUGCGAUUGAUUGGCACUGGUCUCUAAAUCAUCGAUACUUGAUAAUUUAUUUUCUGGGAUUUAUUGGUUAUUCCUCAUUUCAAGUUCAAUUAGGGCCUGUUUAAAAAAACGGUUUUGAAACAAAAAAUAUAUUAAAAAGUAAUGAACAUC